ACAUGGUGUACUCCGGGUCGAAAACCAGUACACCGCAACACGGCAAGCACUGGGGUAGAAAACCAGUACUCUGUGUGUGCUGAAGUGUUGCGAAGGCCAGUCUUAUACAAUCUGUGUCCACCUGCAGGUUCCGUGCCUGUGUUUCAUUAAUUAAGAUCGUUGAUUGCACACUGAGUAAUGAAUUAGAAUAAUUAUAAUUUGAGGGAUAUUUGACUGCAUUACUUCACUAUGCCCGAGGAAAAAUCAAACAACAAAGUAGCUCCUCUAGAUGACAACGUUGAAUCAGAGUUACCACCCUUAGAAAACGGCUCUCCUCGCAAAGAAGGGAUAUUACCAGCAAGUCUUCCACCCAUAGAUAAAAAGGCUUUGGAAAAUGGAACAGACAUGGCUAACGGAAAAGUAGUGGAUGAAGAAAACAAAAGCACAAAAGAUGGUGAGAAGGAAGAGAAAAAAGAGGAGCAGAAAAUGGUUGGACCUUUAGAAAUAUUUAAGUAUGGGACAUGCUUCGACUACUUCCUGAUGUUCGUCGGCUCUUUCUGUGCCAUUUGUCACGGUGCUGCCCUGCCCUCCAUGAUCAUCGUUUUUGGAGACAUGACAAACACAUUUGUGAACUCUGGCAUCUACUACAACUGGCUCCUCAGUAUAUCAGCAUACCUAGCAACUGUUAGCAUAACAAUAGCACAGGCCGUGUCAGACCCAGCCAUUCUCAACACUAAUACACACAGAACAGCCCUUCAGGCGUCUCCCUACAAUGUUACAGACUUCAGUGCUCUUGAUAAGGCUGUAUCUGAAGAUCUACUGGAGACCAUGAAAGUCUUUGUCUAUUAUUACAUAGGUAUUGGUGGAGGGGUCCUGGUAUUCGGAUACCUCCAGCUUGCCUGCUGGGCGACGGCCGCUGAGAGACAGACACACAGGAUCCGGAUUGCUUUCUUCAGGAACAUCAUGAGACAAGAGAUUGGCUGGUUUGAUACUCACGACUCCGGGGAACUCAACACUAGACUUACAGGAGAUGUGAAUAAGAUCCAGAUGGGGAUAGCAGACAAGAUGGGGAUCUUCUUCCAGUGGAUGUCUUCCUUCAUCGUCGGGGUGAUCAUCGGCUUCGUGUACGGAUGGAAGCUGACCCUGGUCAUUCUGGCCUUUGGUCCGCUGAUCAUGAUAGCCGCCCUUAUUCAGGAUAAGAUGAUUUCAACAGCAUCUUCCAAAGGGCUGGAUGCCUACGCUAAAGCAGGGGCGGUGGCAGAUGAAGUGCUGGGGGCCAUACGGACCGUGGUGGCUUUUGGGGGACAGGAUAAAGAGUGUGAGAGGUACAGUAAACAUCUGAAUGAUGCCAAGGGAUCUGGGAUCAAGAAAGGGAUCACAGUGGGAUUUUCUAUGGGAAUCAUCUACUUCAUUGUGUUCUCCGUCUAUGGGUUUGGUUUCUGGUACGGUGCCAAGAUGGUGCGGGAGGAUGACGAUUACAAUCCUGGAAAUGUCCUCAUUGUGUUCUUCAGCAUCAUGAUAGCAGCAUUCUCUCUUGGGUAUGCCACGCCCCCUCUCGGCAAGUUUUCAGAGGCCCGAGGGGCCGCCUUCAAUGUGUACAAGAUGAUUGACAGUGUACCUGACAUUGAUUCUGCUAGUGACGAAGGUUUAAAACCAAAAGAAAUGCUGGGGAGUGUGGAGUUACGGAAUGUGAAGUUCAGAUACCCUGCCCGACCAGAAGUUCAGGUUCUAAAAGGUGUCUCCCUAGAAAUCAACAGAGGGGAGACGGUGGCCCUGGUGGGCUCCAGUGGCUGUGGUAAGAGUACCAUUAUACAGCUACUACAGCGCUUCUACGACCCAGAGGAAGGAGAGGUCUGUUUGGACAACAACAAUAUCAAGUCCCUGAAUCUGAAAUGGCUGAGGACACAUAUUGGGAUUGUCAGUCAGGAACCUGUUUUAUUUGCUACAACAAUUGCCGAAAACAUUCGCUUUGGGAAAGAAGACGUCUCAGAUGAAGAGAUGAUCGCUGCAUGCAAGAUGGCGAACGCUCAUGACUUCAUUGAAACUCUACCUAAUAAAUAUGAGACACUGGUGGGAGAGAGGGGGGCCCAGAUGAGUGGAGGACAGAAACAGAGGAUCGCUAUCGCCCGGGCCCUGGUCAAGGACCCCAAAAUCCUGUUGCUGGACGAGGCCACCUCAGCUCUGGACACGGAGAGUGAGUCGGUCGUACAGGAGGCGUUAGACAAGGCCAGUGCUGGUAGGACCACCAUUGUGGUUGCCCAUCGACUUUCCACCAUCAAAACCGCAAAUAAAAUCGCUGGUUUUGUGUCAGGCGAGCUUAAGGAGAUGGGAACCCACGAUCAGCUGAUGCAGAAAGGGGGCGUGUACGCAACCCUAGUCAGCAUGCAGACUAAAAAUCAGACUGUGGAUGAGGAAGAGGAGGAGUUGAUUGCAGAAUUUGUGGGAAUAUCAAAAGAAAAGACAACCCUAGAGAAGGGAGGUCACGCUCCUGGUGUCAAAAAAACGCCAGCCAAGGAGAACGAAACCAAGGAAAAGGACGACGACAAAGAUAAGAAAGAUGAAAAGAAGGAGGAGGAUGAGGCUGGAUUUGGGAGGAUCAUGAAGAUGAAUGCCCCGGAGUGGCCCUACAUCCUACUAGGGAGUCUGGGGGCCAUCAUAAACGGAGGAGCACAGCCAGCAUUCGCCAUCAUCUUCUCUGAAAUUCUCGGAACAUUUGCCAUUACCAGUACAUCAGAACAGGAGGAUAAGAUGUUGAUGUGGACCUUGCUGAUGGUUGGAAUCGGCGUCAUCAGCUUUCUGACCUUCCUUACUCAGGGAUAUUGCUUCAGUGUAUCCGGUGAAAACUUAACCAUGAGACUCCGUCAGUCGUCGUUCCGAGCAUUGAUGAGACAGGACAUGGAGUACUUUGACAAUCCAAAGAACACGACAGGUGCCCUUACCACCAGACUGUCCACAGAGGCCGCAGAGGUCCAGGGGGCCUCAGGAGCCCAACUCGGCACCAUGCUACAGAACUUUGCCAACAUUGGUACGGGCGUCAUCAUCGGCUUCGUCUACGGCUGGCAGCUCACUUUGGUCAUCCUGGCCUUUAUCCCCAUCAUUGGAAUAGCCGGCGUCCUACAGAUGCAGUUGUUGGAGGGAGUUUCUGGUCAAAACAAAGAGGCUUUGGAAGAGUCAGGGAAGACUGCAACAGAGGCGAUAGAGAACAUUCGUACAGUGGCGAGUCUGUGCCAGGAGGAGAAGAUGCUGGACAUGUACCGUGAGCAGCUUGAACCGCCCUACAAAACCGCCCUCCGCAAAUCUCACCUGACUGGUAUUGCCUUCGCAGCCUCCACGGCAGUCAUGUUCUUUGCCUAUGCCACCGCCUUCUAUUUCGGGGCCUACAUGAUUAAAGAGAACGAGAUGACAUAUACUGAAGUGUUUCUAGUGUUCAGUGCCAUAGUGUUUGGUUCCAUGGCCAUGGGAGAGUCCAGCGCCUUCGCCCCCGAUGCUGGGAAAGCCAAGAAAUCAGCCUCCCUCAUCUUUAAACUGCUGGACGGAGAGCCCAAGAUUGACCCCUACUCCGAGGAAGGAAUCAAAGUUGACAACUUCACCAGUGCUGUAUCAUUCCGAGACGUCCAUUUCCGCUACCCGACCCGGCCCGACGUGGAGGUGCUGCAGGGUCUGAACUUGGAGGUGACCCCUGGGGAGACCCUGGCACUGGUCGGGGCCUCAGGCUGCGGGAAGAGCACCACAAUGCAGCUGUUAGAGAGGUUUUACGACCCAGAGUCCGGUGAUGUGAUUCUGGACAAGAUUCUUGUGAAGGAUCUAAAUGUCCAAUGGCUCCGUAAACAGAUCGGAAUCGUGUCCCAGGAACCAGUACUGUUUGACUGCAGUAUCGCUGAGAACAUAGCGUACGGGGAUAACUCCCGAGAGGUUCCGAUGGCAGAGAUUAUCGAGGCUGCCAGGAAAGCCAAUAUACACGAGUUCAUCUCUUCACUUCCCAAUGGCUAUGAUACUCUUUGUGGAGACAAAGGGACACAACUCUCCGGAGGACAAAAACAGCGAGUGGCGAUCGCCCGAGGACUGGUCAGAAAUCCCAAGAUUCUUCUGCUGGAUGAGGCCACAUCUGCCCUCGAUACCGAAAGUGAAAAGAUCGUACAGGAAGCUCUGGACAAGGCGCGAGAGGGAAGGACAUGUAUCGUCAUUGCACAUCGACUGUCCACCAUCCAGAACGCCGACAAAAUCUGUGUCAUCAAACACGGCCAAGUGGCGGAGCAGGGUCGCCACGGAGAUUUAAUGUCCAAACAGGGAAUUUAUGCUCGACUAGUCAACACUGCAAAUAAACGUGGGAAGAGUUGAUUUUAAUAUUAUACGACUAAGAAAUAAUGGGGAACUCCAUUUUCUGUUGUUCUCAUCACUCAAACAGAAUGUAGGAGGUUUUGUCGAUUUCCUAGAAAUUCUUUUUUUUACAAGUCGAAAAUCAAAAUUUUUACUGUGUUUGAAACUAAAGUACCUGUAAACAAACAUGUGUGACAUUUGUCUUUAGAAUAUGAUAAUUUUUCAUUGUAUGUUAUUGAUGUUUUUAUUUUGUGUUGUUUUUUUUCCCUUUCUUUGACUAGAGAUUUGUGAUGAUAAAAAAGAUAUGAACUAGAUUUUUACAGAUUAAUAGAUAUCCUAAAGUGAAAAAAAAUAAUUUUAAAUUUCAUAUAUCAGUAGUGCCUUUGCUUAGCCCUCAGGUACAUGUAAUAGGUACUAAUAACAUCAAUACUCAGUUCACUUAUUUCAGAAAAAGGAAUCUUUUAGAAAACACUAUAGCCCAUUUUUACAUACCUCUACACUCAACUCUCUACACUCAUCCCCCCCCC